UCCGCUUGUCAAGUGCCAUGUGAAAAAUGUGUGCUCAGCUUGCUCUCUUCCUGUUUAUGCUGGCUUCUGUACUCCCUGCUUCUUUGGCAUUCAACAUUGACACCACGAAUCCUGACGUCUACAAUGGCGAGCAAAACGAUUUCUUUGGAUACAAAGUGCUUCAGUUUGUGUCUGGUUCCGAGAAGGGGAUCCUUGUCACUGCACCGCUGCAGAAUAACGGGUCAGGGGGAGUUUGCAAACCAGAUCCCAGCAAGCAAAUCACAAAGUGCUUCCACCCGAAAGAACUGUCCCUCAAAGACCAAAGUGUACAAGUCAAGCACUUUGGCCUGUCCAUUGCUGAAGACGCCACACAAUCCCAAUUCACCGUUUGCAGCCCUUAUAUAGCUCAUGAAUGUUACGACAACUCCUACCUGAACGGUGUGUGCUACAAGGUGACACAGGAUCUUCAGGAGGUCUCCUAUAUCAAACCGAUUUUCCAAGAAUGCAGGAAGAAGACGGUAGAACUGGUCUUUCUUUUUGAUGGAUCCUUGAGUAUGACUGAGGAUGAGUUUACAAAAAAUAAAGAUUUUAUUAUGGACAUAAUGGACAACCUCAAAAACACAUCAAUCAAGUUUGCAGCCGUUCAGUUCGCCUCAGAUUACAGGACCGUCUUUGAUUUCAUGGACUAUUACAAAGGCAGCGCUAGGCAAAAACUUGCAGAGGAGCAGCACAUGUAUUCCCUUACCAAUACCCACAAAGCCCUGGAAUUUGUUUUGAAAAACCUCUUUGAGAACAAACAUGCAGGCGCCUCUUCCGAUGCCAGUAAAGUUCUGGUCCUGAUCACAGACGGAAAUCCCAGUGACAGUGAUGAUAAGAGGAUUGUAAACACUUACAGUGAAGCAGGCAUCAUUCGGUUUGUCAUUGGGGUGAAAAAUAUUUCCCUGGAUAAAAUCAAUAUUAUUGCCUCAGACCCCAAGGACAAAUUCGCCUUUAAGAUUGAGCAGUAUGAUGGACUCACAGGAUUGCUGGAAAACUUUCAAAAACACAUCUUCAGCAUGGAAGGAGACACCAGAGUUGCUCGGGCAGAAGACAUGACUGAUGAGAUGUCUCAGAGUGGAUUUAGUGCUGCUUUCUACAAGGACACAUUGAUUCUCGGUUCCGUGGGAUCAAACAGCUGGCGUGGUGCUUUAUACGAGCGCCAUGAUCUAACAGAGACACGGAUUACAGAUUCACACAUGCAGAUGGACUCCUACAUGGGAUACUCUGUUUCUGUGGGCCAGAUAAACAAUGUUCCUCUAUAUUUCACUGGCGCUCCAAGGUUUCAGCACACAGGACAAGUACUACUCUUUAGACGCGACGGGAGCAGCUGGAAUGCAAGCCAAAGAAUAAAUGGCGAUCAGAUUGGUUCCUACUUUGGGGCUGAGCUGUGCACAAUAGAUGUGGACUCAGAUGGUGACAGUGACUUCCUCCUGGUGGGAGCACCGUUGUUUUACCAUCCUCAGGAAAGGUCAGAGGGACAGAUCUACGUCUACACACUGACUGAUGAGGUGCUGCUCAGAAGGGAGAUGAAUGUGACUGCAGCACCGUCCAUGGGGAGGUUUGGCACCAGCAUUGCGAGUCUUGCAGAUCUCAACGGCGAUGGACUCAGAGACGUUGCGGUCGGGGCCCCUCUAGAAGACGCUAACGCGGGGGCAGUGUACAUCUUUCUUGGUGACAGACAAAGAGGGAUACGCAGUGUUUUUAGUCAGAGACUCAGGGGACAGAAAAUAAAGCCUGGGAUCAGAUUCUUUGGACAGGCCAUCAAUGGGAACACUGACCUUGGAGAAGAUGAUCUCCCCGACCUCGUGAUUGGAUCGUACGGGGCCGCCAUUGUGCUCAGGUCCAGGCCCGUAAUGAACGUGAGAGCUCGUCUGUCCUUUCAACCUAAGGAGAUCAGCGUUGACCACAUCGACUGCUCUGUCAACACAGAUGUUAUUUUACCGAUGGUUAGCUUAAUUGUCUGCUUUGACAUGGUGGAAACAACAAGAAGUAAAGCAGAAGCAACGAAGUUUGGACUGAACAUUUCAUACACGCUAAAUGUGGAUCCAAUGAGACAAUCACAUCGAGGUUUCUUCAGGGACAGAAAAACCCGAAGUCUUUCCUUCACAUAUGAACUGAUAAAUGAGGAGACGUGCUUCCACUACUUCAUCAACAUGACAAAAUGUGUGAAAGACACACUGUCACCCAUCAGCAUCAAGUUAAACUUCUCCCAGGUGGACAGUCAGAGCACCGGCGCGGUCCUUAACGUCGAUGGCAAAAAGCAAGCUGUUGUUGAGGUUCCGUUUGAAAAGCAUUGUCGGAAAAACGACACUUGCGUUGCCGAAAUUGAGGUGGAUUUCAAACUAUUGACGCCAACUUUACUGGUUGCUGAAGAAAAGUACUUCAACAUGUCCGUCACGAUAUCUAAUCAUGGCGACGACUCGUACAACACCAGCCUUACGUUCUAUUAUCCUCCAGGCCUCUCCUUCUCCAGGAUGGUUUCGAUUAUUACAGAGACUACAAGACCGACGCGCCACAAUUGUGAUGAUCUAGAAGGAGUAACUGACAAAACUAUAUGUGGUGUCAGCCUUCCUGUGUAUCGCAGCAGAUCAGCAGCAACAUUUCAAACUUCUUUCCACAUAAGCACAGAGUAUGCUUGGAAUGAGACGAUUGCGAUUGGUGUCACCGGUAAAAGUGAUAACAACAACAACAACACCGUGGCUGCGGUAACCAAACACCUCCCGGUACAAUUUGAAAUUAAAAUGGCAAUCACAGUGAAAGAGGAGACCACCAUGUAUUUGAAAUUUACAGAAGAGGACACAGCCCCUAAAAGAAUGAUUAUUCAAUAUAAGGUGGAUAAUCCUGGCUGGAGGGCGUUUCCUGUCAAUGUGACCCUGAGCUUUCCAACAAAACUCCAGUAUGACUUUGAAAUAGAGAAUUAUCAAGUGCUGGUACAACAGAACCAAACUCAAUGCGAAAGCAUUGCUGGACUGAUUUCUGAAUCUUGCUUACCAGAACAAGAGUGCAAGACCGUACAGUGUGACUCUUUCCUGCUGAACAAAGAAUCUUCCACUGAGUUCAUGUUGUCUGCGGACAUUCGAUUCAAGGACCUUCAACAGCGUGCCCAGAAUAAUGCUUUUCUGAAAAGAUACACUGGAGAGAGUGCAGAGGUCAAGUUUAAGAGUGCGAUAAAUGUCGAUUUCAACGAACAACGAUACGUGUUGGAUUCUCAUAAACCACAGAAUACAGGAAUGGCAAAGGAGGAGACUCCCUUGUGGAAAGACAACAAUCCUACAAAUAAAGAGGUCGAAGUUCGAGUUGAGUUCAUAAUUUCUCCUGAUCAAUACCUGAUCAUUUUCACUGGAACUGGACUGGGACUUUUGGUCUUAAUUAUAGCAACCAUCAUCAUGUAUAAGCUGGGCUGCUUCAAGAGGAAAACAGUGCAAUAUUACCAAGAGCAGGAAGAGGUAGCGGCUCUUCAACUGGAAGGAACCCCCUCGCAGAACAACGGCCUCGGCAGCCAGACUGAAGACGGCACCCCUGCUGAGAUAAAAACUCUUCUGGAUGGCGACCAGUCAGCUGACACACAAACAGAAGUAGAUUCAAUUUGACAAUGACUGGACGACGGGACACGAUUGUUAUUGCAACAAUCAGUUGUUGUCAGGCAUUGGUGUGGAUCUUUUGGUUCAUGUUUUGGACAACUUUAUCAUUAUGGCAUAUGAUUUUUGGUUGGGGACCACUGUUCUAGCACAUACGCUGCUAUGGCUCUAUAAAUGUUGUCCUGGCUAGCAGUCCCUCCGUUAAAAUCCAGCCGGUGUUGCGGCUGUUGCUCCACCACCACCACCACCACUUCAGGCGGUGGUGGAGGUGAAGUGGCAUCGGAGUCUGUGUCUCUCUUUACUAGCUUCGUCGAAGCAUGUUGCUUUUGUAGCUGUUUCAGCAGAUUUGAAUUGAGACACAACUUACAUUUAACUAAAAUGUUCUUUUCUUUGUGCUCGACAAAAGAAAAGUAGUGAGAAUUUCUCCAUGUUAAGAAACAACAGAGAACAUUAUUGUUCUUCUAGAAUGGACAACAUUUCCCAGACACUCCCGUUCUUAGAGAAAGAUUUCUCAGCUGUUCAACGGCGAUGCAAACACGCAAGUAGAGUAGAUCCCUGCCUAUUUGCUCUUUUUCUAUUCUCUGUUUUUAAUUGUAAAUCAUUCACAGAUAUUUUUUAGGGGUUUUUUGGCGCUUUUGUGUUAUUUGCUGUUCUUUACCCAUAGCGGAGAUCUACUGUAACUCUAAACCAGACCUGGGCAAAUUUAGGCCCGGGGGCUCGUUAAGCUUUUCAAUCUGGCCCGCCGGACAUUCCCCCCCAAAUUUUUUUUAGAUCUUUAAGAUGGAAACUGUAGCUGCCCUUAUGAUGUUUUCAAAUGACCGUUAGUCUUGAACUAUACAAAGUAUUUCAAUGGUUGGAAUCUGCGCUUUUGCAUUUUAUACAAUUAGUAAUUGUAUAACAUUAACUAAUUACCAUAUUUUCCACACUAUAAGCAUACUUGCCAACCUUGAGACCUCCGAUUUCGGGAGGUGGAGGGGGGGGCGUAGUCACAGUGUGUGUGUGUGUAUAUAUAUAUAUAUAUAUAUAUAUAUAUAUAUAUAUAUUUAGUAUAGCAGUGGUGCACUGCUCUCUCUAAAAGCCCUAGAUGUUAUUGUCACAUAUGCAUGUACAGUAGAUGGCAGUAUUGUCCUGUUUAAGAGUGUCACAACAUUGCUGUUUACGGCAGACGAACUGCUUUACGGUAGACGAAAACGUGACUGCUGUUGUUGUGUGUUGUUACCGCGCUGGGAGGACGUUAAUGAAAUUGCCUAACAAUAAACCCACAUAAGAAACCAAGAACUCGCCCUCGAUCAUUUUACAGUUAUAACGUGAUUGGGCAGGUACACUGUUUAUAUUGUGGGAAAGCGGACGUGAGAACAGGCUGGCCGCUGUCGACACGUCCCUCAGGUCCGCAUGGAGCUGGGGGGGCGUGGCCUCCAGCUCCGCCUGAAUUUCGGGAGAAAAUUUGUCCCGGGAGGUUUUCGGGAGAGGCGCUGAAUUUCGGGAGUCUCCCGGAAAAUCCGGGAGGGUUGGCAAGUAUGACUAUAAGGCGCACCUAAAAACCUCCAAUUUUCUCAAAAGCUGACUGCGCUUUAUAAUCCGGUGCACCUUAUAUAUGGACCAAUAUUGAGCCACAGCAGGUCUCGCAACUACGGGAUGCAUAACGUAACCCCAGCCUUUACUAUAGCUAUUCUAUGCGCCUUAUAAUGCGGUGCGCCUUAUAUAUGAACAAAGCUUUAAAAUAGGCCAUUCAUUGAAGGUGCGCCUUAUAAUCCGGUGCACCUUAUAGUGCGAAAAAUACAGUAGUUACUAUGGUAAGCUAAGUCACAGCAGCUCAGACGAAGCACCAAGCAGUGUGGGUGGGGAGCAUUUUCUCAGAGUGUUUCCAGAGCGAGCCUAAAAAUGCAGGUGUCAGGGACAGACGCGGAAGGAGAUUUUUACAACAAAGUUCUAAAGUUUAGUGAUAUAUCACAUAGAUUGUAGGUGGGAUUAUUUUUUUACCCUUCGCGUUCAUAUUUCCCUGUGUUUGUUUGCAUUUUUGUUGCGUUUCACUUGAUUGUAAAAUAUGUCAAUCGAGAGGGGGUGUGACGUUCAUAUGUUGUCAAUAUUCAGUGUUUUAUCGUUCAUAGUUAAUAUUGUAAAUCCCACAUUCUUUAUUUUCAUGUACAUUCUGGGUGUCUCAUUCAGUAAAAAAAUGUAAAAUUCCAUUCUGUUUUUAAGGUCUGUCAUAACGUUUUUAGCAUUCAAUCAGACAUUAUUGUGAGGUUUUGUAUUAGUGUUCCUAAAAAUAGAUACACAUUUUUUUCUCCAAAUUUGGCCCAGAGUCAAAAUAAUUGCCCAGGCCUGCUCUAAAUAGUUAAAAUGUCAAAUCGAUUUUCUCGGAUGAAACUAAUUUUAUUAACCUAUUCUGACCUCUCCCAAAACAGUGAUUUCUUUGUUACAAGUUUGUGACUAAGAAAAAUGUACUUCUGCAGCAGCAAAUCAGUACACAGUCGUCCCUCGCCACAUCGCGCUUCAAAUAAUUACAGAUUUUCUUUCAAACAAUAUUUUACAUAUUUUGGGCCUAAAUGAAGACUUAUUUAUCUCCUAUGAGUUUUUGUCGUAUUUUAUAUUAUGUUGUGGCGAUGGAUAAAAGAUGGUCACCAAAUGGAACUUCCGUUGCCGGGUUAAAGGGGAACAUUAUCACCAGACCUAUGUAAGCGUCAAUAUAUACCUUGAUGUUGCAGAAAAGAGACCAUAUAUUUUUUUUACCGAUUUCCGAACUCUAAAUGGGUGAAUUUUGGCGAAUUAAACGCCUUUCUAUUAUUCGCUCUCGAGCGAUGACGUCACAACGUGACGUCACAUCGGGAAGCAAUCCGCCAUUUUCUCAAACACAUUACAAACACCGAGUCAAAUCAGCUCUGUUAUUUUCCGUUUUUUCGACUGUUUUCCGUACCUUGGAGACAUCAUGCCUCGUCGGUGUGUUGUCGGAGGGUGUAACAACACGAACAGGGACGGAUUCAAGUUGCACCAGUGGCCCAAAGAUGCGAAAGUGGCAAGAAAUUGGACGUUUGUUCCGCACACUUUACCGACGAAAGCUAUGCUACGACAGAGAUGGCAAGAAUGUGUGGAUAUCCUGUGACACUCAAAGCAGAUGCAUUUCCAACGAUAAAGUCAAAGAAAUCUGCCGCCAGACCCCCAGGAAAAGAGAGCAGAUGAGGGUAUGUCUACAGAAUAUAUUAAUUGAUGAAAACUGGGCUGUCUGCACUCUCAAAGUGCACGUUGUUGCCAAAUGUAUUUCAUAUGCUGUAAACCUAGUUCAUAGUUGUUAGUUUCCUUUAAUGCCAAACAAACACAUACCAAUCGUUGGUUAGAAGGCGAUCGCCGAAUUCUUCCUCGCUUUCUCCCGUGUUGCUGGCUGUCAUGUCGUUUUCGUCGUUUUCGCUUGCAUACGGUUCAAACCGAUAUGGCUCAAUAGCUUCAGUUUCUUCUUCAAUUUCGUUUUUGCUACCUGCCUCCACACUACAACCAUCCGUUUCAAUACAUGCGUAAUCUGUUGAAUCGCUUAAGCCGCUGAAAUGCGAGUCUGAAUCCGAGCUAAUGUCGCUAUAAACUUGCUGUUCUAUCCGCCAUGUUUGUUUGUAUUGGCAUCACUGUGUGACGUCACAGAAAAAUGGACGGGUGUAUAUAACGAUGGUUAAAAUCAGGCACUUUGAAGCUUUUUUUAGGGAUAUUGCGUGAUGGGUAAAAUUUUGAAAAAAAACUUCGAAAAAUAAAAUAAGCCACUGGGAACUGAUUUUUAAUGGUUUUUACCCUUCUGAAAUUGUGAUAAUGUUCCCCUUUAACAGUAAGUUCUGGUGUCAUGUUAUCUUUCAUGUUAAACUGUUUAUGCACUUCAUUUUGGACCAUUGCCUCAUCAAUAACACAUGCCCGCAUUAGAGAGCGAUGUGGAAUAAUGCGGGGGAAAAACGUGGCAGGACAUGCAAUUAUGACGACACAGCUAAUGUCCACACCCGUCUUAGCUGCCACCAAGUUUUUGCACAACAACACCUGUCUGUGGUUUUAACACAUGGACGCCUAGUUCCAACUUCGAGAAAUGGCUCACGAUGUGAUGAAGUAUUUCCGCGUCGUGGUCGUGUUGUAGUUGCCAUGAUGAAAGCCUCGACGAAGGCCAUAGCAUUGACGCUUGAAGGAUCCUCCGGCUUCCAGCGAGUAGAACACACUCAAUAUUGAGUGAAACAAGUGUAAAUGUGACUAUAUGGGUGUUAGUUCAUGUUUGGAAAAGUCUGUUUAAAAAAAUAUUUCUAGAAGUUUGUAUACAGUUUUUUUAAUGCUCUAACUAUAAAAAUGUUUGAUUUAUUAUAUUAA